CUCUUUCAUAACUCAAAAGCAUUCAAAUAAAGAAUAUACGAAAAGUUCAGUAACAUAAAAUCGGAAAAAAUGACUAGCUGCACUUCAACUAUUAUUUUCGCCUUAUGUGGACUCUUCGCAGUCGCCAUAGCUCAUCCACUAUUGGAAGGGUCAGCGCCAUACAAUGACGAAGCCGCAGCUUAUCUUGUCGCUGACCAAAACUGGCUGGUGGACGAGGCUUCGGAGCUGCUAGUGCGUCAUGCGCGUUCACCGUCUUCUUCCGAGGAAUCUGCAAAGGAAGAUAAAGGCAGGGGCAGAGUUGAAUUAAAAUACGAGGAAACGGAGCGAGGACGAGAGGGCAGCUUGAAAUACAAUCACAAUUUGUUGAAAAGCGACGACGACAGUUACAGCAUCGACGCCUAUGCGCAGGGCAGACGUAAUUAUGAUUGGAAUCAAAACGAUUU